AUAUUUUCUCUAAUCUGACCUUAAUUGUCUAUUAGAAUGCUAUAUUGUGUAUCCAUUUUUUCGUUCAAUUUUUCAGGUCAUAUCUGAUUUGUCCACUGUCAACUCAUACUUUGACUUUUUCUCAAAGGAAUGCCACCAAAAAGUUCUGGAAUUGGAGGAGGCCGAAAUUGAAAUGGAACUUCUUCAAAAGGAAAAAACAAUGCAGGAAUUAUCAGCUGAAUUUAAAGAUUUGCAUCAGCUUCCCUUCCUAACUGAUUCGGCAAGGCAAGAUAACCGCUUGCAGCAAAUCAAAGAGGAAAUCAAAUCCUUAGAAAAGGCCAAACUCAAAGAGGAGGUUGUAGCACGCAGGCAAAGGAAACUACUCGAUAGGCAUGCCCGGCAAAAGUUCUUGGAAGAGGCAGCUCUUCGAGAAGCUGAACUUCUACAAGAGCUAGAUAGAGAGAGGAUGGCUGAAGUAGAAAAGGAGAUUGAGAGACAACAUAUGCUGGAGCUUGAACGUACAAAAACCAAGGAGUUGCGACACAGCCUUGAUCUAGAGAAAGAAAAGCAAGCACAGAGAGAACUGCAACGAGAACUUGAGCAAGUUGAAUCUGGAGUUCGAUCGAGACGAGAUUUUUCAUCCACAAAUAGUGGUAGGCCACGAGAAAGAUACCGUGAAAGGGAAAUGGGAAGAGCAGGUAAUGAAGGGACCAGAACUAGUACAGGGAUGACACAGCCUGAAACUGCUACAAGCUCAUCAAUGGUAACCAUGCCUACUGUUGUUCUAUCAGGGGCAAGGCAGUUCUCUGGCCAACAUCCAACUAUUCUACAAUCACGUGACAGAGAUGAAUGUGGCAGCAGCUAUGAAGAAAACUUUGAUGGUAGUAAAGACUCGGGGGACACAGGGAGUAUUGGGGACGCAGACCUGGUAUCAGCACUUGAGGGACCAUCCAUGAACUUUGGGUCGUCUCAAAGGCAUGGUCCCCGGGGGAGUAAGCCUAGGCAAAUUGUGGAACGAAGAGAACGGGAUGGUAGACGGGAAAGUAAAUGGGAGAGAAAACAUUAAAUUAAGCACCAACAAGAUUAGUCGCAUUACCUACCAAGCUUGAUGGAAUAUACACUUCCAUUACAGGUCAAGUAGUAGUGCUAUAGGAUGGUUAUCAAUUUUUGGAUAACCAGAUUUAUCUGUGUUAGCAAGAAUGUUGUUGUAGGUAUAUUUAUCUGUAGAGGAAGAAGCUCAAGGAAGACUGUAAAUUCGCAGCACUGCCCUCAUAGUAAAAGCUAGGGAGUACCUAGUCGAGCUUCAGGCCGUUUUGUAAAAGUAAUUGUACCAUUAUCUAUUGUAAUGACAUGUGACUUUUAUGUUCAAGAUUUUGGCAA